CCAAGUGCCGCUCACCUUCUCGGCUUCUAGAGCAUCGUGCCUGAUUGAUGCGCCAGGGGGACCGACGAAGCUUAACUUUGUUCGGAUUUACGAUCCGGAGCCAACACACAACUUCGUAUUCGCUCAAACAUCGGUUCAACGACAUAUUAGUACUGCGUCAUAGGUGGGCCUUUGACAUCCGUUGAGAACCUCUUUUGAGCUGGAUUGAAAGGACUCUAGCCAAGAGCAGUCAGGGACGAAAGUAAGCCCUCGCAACAGAUCGAUAAACUUAGGCCCGUCGUGGGUCCGCGUCCGUGAGAGGGGCCGGCAAUUUCGGUCGCGCCUAUCAACACGCCCUUUCUCUUCUCUCUCGCCGCCUUCCCUCGCCCCGUUCGACCAACCUUCUGGUGCACGCAACGGCAUUAUCUUCGUGCCUCCGCGAUAUUUAUUUUUGAAACAUGCCGUUAUACGGUCGUAUAGAACGGCAUGUCCACGAGGGUGUAUAUAGGCGCGCCCUAGCGCGCCGCGACAGGUUUUCUUUCCCUCUUUCCCCGAACCCCCUGUACCGCAAGGCUGGCCUGUCUUUCCUUUCGCUAGCCCACCCUUAUCCCACUCGCUCGCCAGAGGAGGUUCUGCUCUGGGCACUCAAAUCCGUCACUGAUACAUCCUCCCCCGGUUCAUCCGCCAUAUAAGGCUGGUUAGUUCACCCCGCUUGCAAUGGGCGCUAUGCAUCCGCAUGGCCCGUCGCCUGAUACAGCCUCAAUCAUCUCCACGGUGUUGGAGGGGAUUCUGUAUGGGUUCUCGGUCUUCAUGUACGGAAUAACCAUACGGGUGCUUGUACAUGGCAAACGGCUCCGAGAAAUCAACCCGCGUUGCGUGACUGUCGCAACUUCGCUGCUCAUACUGAGCACUGCGCAUUUAGCGAUCGGCGUUGGUCGUCUGAUCGACGGUCUGGUCAAGAAUGGCAAUGAGACUCAGCCCCAGCAGGCUUUGUUCUUUGCCAACAUCAGGCAGUGGGGAUUCGUUGGAAAAACCGCGCUGUACGUGCUCGAGACCAUGCUAGCGGACAUGAUCCUGAUGUACCGCUGUUACACUGUUUGGCAGUCUGUUUGGGUGAUAGCUAUGCCCGUAUAUUUAUGGUUGUCCAUUGGAGUUUCAGGCUUUGGGAGUGUGUACGAGAUGGCUCACGAAACUCAGGAUCCGAACAAUAUCUUCGCCUCUGAUGCAGUCUCGUGGAUUUUAGCAUUCAUCUUCGAAGCACUGAUCGCGAAUGCGCUCAGCACCGGCCUGCUUGCAUACCGCAUCUGGAUCGUUGCACGGGCAUCGGCGCGAUACAGCACGACAGAGGCCAGACAAUCCAUCUUGGAUCCGCUGCCGCGUAUCAUUGUCGAUUCGGGUCUGCUUUACUCGGCGACGCUUUGCGCGACACUCAUUUGCUUCUUGACGCAAAACUGGGCAUACUAUAUACUGCUUGACAUGAUCAGCCCCAUCAUCUCAAUCACAUUCUACAUGGUUCUUAUUCGUGUCGAAUUUUCCAGACAGCGCUCUUCUGAUGGCACCGACUCAGACCCGGAAAGAAGUAGCAACGCACUUGAAUUCCGCAAGGACACGGUCAUCAGCAGAGACCACCCACCAUACCCGAUGCAGACGCGAGUCCGGGCAGCUGAUCUCAAGUCAGACCUGGACCUGACAAUCAGCCCCAGCCGCUCUCGUGUCUCGUUCAGUAUUCUUCAGAGUACAACGCCGCCUAGCACCCUGUCCCGCGCGUCGAUUCGCCCACCUGGACGGGCUGCAAGCAACAACCAGGAACGGCCGCGCUCGCACCCGUCCACUCUGAGCCCAGGAGAUGCGGAUUUCGGUACAGGGCGUUCACGGUCUCCAACGCAGCGACAUGUCCAACUUGCAUUCUCGCGAAGCGGUCACUCGCGCUCACGUAUCCACCUCGACGUGCCUACGUCACCAGCGUCUUUUGCGAUUUCUUUCCAGCCGUCGCUGGCACCGUCUCCGUCCCCGGCACAUUCUUCGGGACCGUCACUGGUGUGCACUCCUCCAUCACCUAAUAGGGAGCUCCAGUACGCGUCGAGGCUGUCGCUUCCCGAGUCGCCGACAUGGUUUUCACAUUCUGAAGGUGCACUAGACAGCCCAGACUUGGAGCGGAGUCACGUCGAGAAGAGACUACUGGACAGGUAACCACGACUUAUUUCUUGAGAGAAGCCGGGUGAGCGUAUGCAUGAUACAUCUGACCUAUAUUUACCAUUGUCACUCAUUUGUCGCCGGAUGUGCUGGACUGUCCAUGUUUUUUACUACUAUUUAGCGGUCAUAUUUUGUGUUUUGUGCGAGGUAGUCGGAAUAUGCGUCGAAUCGUAGGAUUCGUCAUGUAUGCUAUACCACACAUCCAGCUGUUAUCAUGUUGUCAAAUCAAUAUUGCUCGAGUUUUUCAGUUCAA